AAAACAAAGAUGAAAUUCUUCGCUGUUUUCGCCGCCGUGUUGGCUCUGGCCGCUGGUUCCCCACAUGCAUGGACGCUACAAGAGCUGUCCGAUGCCCUGCAGAACCCGCACACUAACCCCGAGUACAUCCCUUACUUAGAGCAUGCACUCAACCAGAUGAUGGAGGAACUGCACGCCGACAAACCAGUCGCUCCAGUCGCUGUCAUCAUGCCAACAGCAUCCCAAUGGACCCUGGAAGAGUUGUCUAACGCUCUCCAGAGCCCUACCACCGACCCCGCCAUCGUUCCCUACCUUGAAGAUGCCCUUAACGCCAUGAUGGACGCUCUCUUCAACGGACAACAUAUCGAGACCAUGCCAGUCGUCAUCCCUGUCGAGCUGGCGCCCGUCCAGGCUGGCAGUCCCAUCAUCACUGCCCCAGUGAUCGCUACCCCAGUUCUGCCCACUCCCAUCUUACCCGAGGUUGUCCCUGCCCCAGUCAUACCCAGCCCUGAGGUGCCAGCCCCCGAGGUGCCAGCUCCCGAAGCCCCCGCUGCGGCCCCCGCCUCCAGCCCCUUGGUCCAGAUCAUCGUCAACAUCAACCAACAAGAACAGGUUGCGGUGAGCCCUGUCGCCCCUGAAAUUGCCCCCACCCCCGUCAUAGUUGUUGAUGAGGCAGAAAACAUCAGUGUCAACCCCGUUGACGUGAUCGCCAUCCAACCCCCCAUGUAAACUCAAGAUAACCUACACCCCACAAAACAAGCAGCCAAGGAAAACUCGAACCCGAAAACAAAACAGAUUGCUAUAUAAAAACAUAUUGAAGAAUUUCAAUAAAAUUACCAUCAAAUAAUGUUUAUAAUAGCUAUACUGUA